CUUCAGAAGAAGAAACGCCUGGGCCCUGGGCACCCUCGGGGGCAGACCCAGGCAGAAAGGGCCUGAGGCCAGCCGGCUAGGGCAGCGGCGUGGCAGCUGGAGCUGCCAGGACCUGCGUAAGAGAGCUGCGAGUGUUCCGCAGCUGUGAGCGACUCCCCAGCGGCGAUGCCUCACAACUCGAUCAGAUCCGGCCACGGAGGGCUGAAUCAGUUAGGAGGGGCUUUUGUGAAUGGCAGGCCUCUGCCAGAAGUUGUCCGGCAACGCAUUGUGGACUUGGCCCACCAGGGAGUGAGACCCUGUGAUAUCUCUCGCCAGCUUCGUGUCAGCCAUGGCUGUGUAAGCAAGAUCCUUGGCAGGUACUACGAGACUGGCAGCAUCCGGCCUGGAGUGAUAGGGGGCUCCAAGCCCAAGGUGGCCACCCCCAAGGUGGUGGAGAAGAUAGGGGACUACAAGCGGCAGAACCCUACCAUGUUUGCUUGGGAGAUCCGGGACCGGCUCUUGGCAGAAGGCGUUUGUGACAAUGACACUGUGCCCAGUGUCAGCUCCAUCAACAGAAUCAUCCGGACCAAAGUGCAGCAGCCAUUCAACCUCCCCAUGGACAGCUGCGUGGCCACCAAAUCUCUGAGCCCAGGACACACACUGAUCCCCAGCUCAGCUGUCACACCCCCAGAGUCACCCCAGUCGGAUUCCUUGGGCUCUACCUACUCUAUCAACGGGCUCCUAGGAAUUGCUCAGCCUGGCAGUGACAACAAGAGAAAGAUGGAUGAUAGUGACCAGGACAGUUGUCGACUGAGCAUCGAUUCCCAGAGCAGCAGUAGUGGUCCUCGAAAGCAUCUUCGUACGGACACCUUCGGGCAGCACCACCUCGAGCCGCUCGAGUGCCCGUUUGAGCGGCAGCAUUACCCGGAGGCCUAUGCCUCCCCCAGCCACACCAAAGGCGAGCAGGGGCUAUACCCACUGCCCUUACUCAACAGUACCCUGGAUGACGGAAAGGCCACCCUGACACCUUCCAAUACACCUCUGGGACGCAACCUCUCAACUCACCAGACCUACCCUGUGGUGGCAGAUCCUCAUUCACCCUACGCCAUAAAGCAGGAAACCCCAGAGCUCUCCAGUUCUAGCUCCACCCCUUCCUCUUUAUCUAGCUCCGCCUUUUUGGAUCUGCAGCAAGUCGGCUCUGGGGGCCCAGCAGGUGCCUCGGUCCCACCCUUCAAUGCCUUUUCCCAUGCUGCCUCCGUGUACGGGCAGUUCACGGGCCAGGCCCUCCUCUCAGGGCGAGAGAUGGUGGGGCCCACGCUGCCUGGAUACCCACCCCACAUCCCCACCAGUGGACAGGGCAGCUAUGCCUCUUCCGCUAUUGCAGGCAUGGUGGCAGGAAGUGAAUAUUCUGGCAAUGCCUACAGCCACACCCCGUACUCCUCCUACAGUGAGGCCUGGCGCUUCCCCAACUCCAGCCUGCUGAGUUCCCCAUAUUAUUACAGCUCUACAACAAGGCCAAGCGCACCGCCCACCUCUGCCACGGCCUUUGACCAUCUGUAGUUGUCAUGGGGACAGUGGGAACAACCAGGCAACAGGAGGACUUGGCCUGAGACGGGCCCCAGAGAGUCACACAAAGGAAUCUUUAUUUAUUACAUGAAAAAUAACCACAAUUCCAGCAUUGCCGCUCACUCCCUGUGUGGUCAAUUAAAUGAACCAUGAAAGUCAGGAUGACCUUGGGGAAGGCCAAACUGUCCUCCAAGAGUCAUUGUGAGUGACAGGAGUUCCAGGAACCAAGAACCAUCCAUUUCAAAAGAGUCACGGAGGAGAAAUGGACCAAGGCUGGUACCCAUCAAGGGAAAGAAACAGGAUUUGCAAAGAACUUAGAGGGUGUACAUGGCCACCUGUGUGGUCUUCAUCACUACAACUCCAGCAAUUAUGGACAGUAAGCAAAUCCUUCUGGCCUAGAGUCAUGGCCUAGGGCCAAGGCUCUACUUAUCAGUUAUCCUAGGAGUUACCACCUCUACCACCUGAUGGGCACUUCUCUGGGGAUUCAGCUGACCUUCCACUUCCAGUUGUUAUGAGCCUACAAACACCCCCUAGCCUCUCAACUAGUGGGCUACCCUUUGGCAGCAAUGAACCUGUCCCCUGGAAAAUUCAGUGAGCACAGGAAGACACAACAGAUGGGACUGGCCAUGUCCUCUUCUCAGCAGCCCUGCCACCUCAAGUGUGCUUUCUGCAGCUCCAGCCCUCACGAGUCACUGAAGAGACCCCGAGGCCAGCAACAAGAUUCCCUCUCUGGCUCCCCAGCUCUUCCUCCACACACAACCUUACUGUAAAUACCGUAAAUGAAGCUCUGUUUCGGUCAAGCUUCCCUCUGUCCAUCCCCCAGACCUUGGCUUCUAAAAUGUCUCCCUACUAUGUUGGGCUUUUCUCCUUGAUUUUUUUUUUUUAAAAGACAACCCAUCAUUACCAUAUGACUCAAUAAACCAUUACUCUUGGUCUCAG